GAUCCGCGUUUGUCCGCAGCUGCGUUCCGUAGUUACCGGUUAUUGGAGGUCAGCCGUUUCUGGCGUGAGCUUGAAAUGUGAACCGAGAAAUGUCAUGAAGUGAAUCUGAAGAAAGCAAGCAGUGCCUUCAUAGAUGCGGAAUCGCUUUGUCUCACUGGCAUGAAUCACCUGUGUGUGUUAAACUGGUGUGAGCAGAGGCUUUAUUCAGACUGACACAGGCAGAAGCUGAUCCGUCCGUUUUGCCCUACAGAGGCCUGCGCUAUUGCAUAUAGCUGCAGGAUCAAUGAUCUACGACAAAGCACUUGUUCGUUUUUUAUUUUGAUCACAUCAAAGUUGCAACGAUGAGAAAGGACGUGAGGAUAUUACUUGUCGGUGAACCCAAAGUGGGGAAGACCUCCCUGAUCAUGUCACUCGUCAGUGAGGAAUUCCCUGAUGAGGUUCCUCUCAGAGCUGAAGAGAUCACUAUUCCUGCUGAUGUCACACCUGAGAGAGUGCCCACUCAUAUAGUGGACUAUUCAGAAGCAGAACAGUCAGAUGAGCAGCUUUACCAAGAAAUAUCAAAGGCCAAUGUUAUAUGCAUCGUAUAUUCAGUAAACAACAAGAAAUCAAUCGAAAAGCUAUUAAAUGUUUUAAUCCUAUUGUCUUGUCACAGAGUACCAUUGAUCCUGGUGGGGAAUAAAUCUGACCUGGUGGAGCACAGCAGCAUGGAGACCAUCCUGCCCAUCAUGAACCAGUACUCUGAGAUUGAGACCUGUGUGGAGUGUUCAGCCAAAAACCUGAAAAAUAUCUCCGAAUUGUUCUACUACGCCCAGAAGGCUGUUCUGCACCCGACAGGACCGCUGUACUCUCCAGAAGACAAAGAGAUGAAGCCUUCGUGCAUCAAAGCACUUACUCGCAUUUUCAAAAUAUCAGACCUGGACAAUGAUGGCAUUCUAAAUGAUAAUGAGCUUAAUUUCUUCCAGAGAACUUGUUUUAACAUACCCCUGGCACCUCAAGCCCUGGAGGACGUGAAGAAUGUUGUGCGGAAAAAUAUGUCAGAUGGAGUAAAAGACAAUGGCCUCACACUGAAGGGUUUCCUGUUCCUUCAUACACUUUUUAUUCAGAGAGGAAGGCAUGAGACCACAUGGACUGUGCUCAGGAGGUUUGGUUAUGAUGAUGACCUGGAGCUGACCCAGGAAUACCUGUUUCCACUGUUAAAAAUACCUCCAGACUGCACCACAGAGCUGAACCACAAUGCCUACCUCUUCCUCCAGAGCGUCUUUGACAAGCAUGACAAAGAUCGAGACUGUGCCCUAUCUCCAGAUGAGCUGAAGGAUUUGUUCAAGGUCUUUCCCUACAUGCCCUGGGGUCCCGAUGUCAACAACACAGUCUGCACCAAUGAGCAGGGCUGGAUCACUUACCAAGGCUACCUUUCUCAGUGGACGCUAACAACAUACCUAGAUGUGCAGCGAUGUUUAGAGUACUUGGGUUAUCUUGGUUACUCCAUUAUCCAAGAACAGGAGUCACAGACAGCUGCUGUCACAAUCACGAGGAAUAAGCGCAUCGACCUGCAGAAGAAACAGACCCAGCGCAGUGUUUUCCUCUGCAAUGUCUUAGGAGCUCGAGGCAGCGGUAAAAGUGGCUUUCUGCAGGCUUUCCUUGGCAGGAACCUUGCGCGUCAGAAGAGGAUAAGAGAAGACCACAUGUCUUACUAUGCCAUGAGCACCACUUAUGUUUAUGGACAAGAGAAAUAUCUGCUUCUGCACGAGGUGCUGCCGGACUUUGAGUUCCUUUCUGAGGCUGAUCUGGCUUGUGAUGUUGUUUGCUUGGUAUAUGACAUCAGCAACCCGCGUUCUUUUGAGUACUGCGCUAAAGUCUACAAGAAACACUUGUUGGACAGCAAGACACCCUGUGUGAUUAUUGCUGCCAAGUCAGACCUGCAUGAAGCCCGUCAGUACUACAGCCUGUCCCCGCUGGAUUUCUGUCGGAAACACAAGCUUCACCCGCCGCAGAUGUUCACCUGCAACACAGACGAAGCACCCAGCAAAGACAUCUGUACCAAACUCACCACUAUGGCCAUGUAUCCACACAUGACCCAAGCUGACCUGAAAAACUCUACGUUUUGGCUGAGGGCGAGCGUCGGUGCCACCGUGUUUGCUGUUCUUGGCUUCGCCGUGUACAAAGCUCUCCUCAAGCAUCGGUGAUCAGUGCAUCCGGCAUGUUACAGCAACCCCGGCCCUCUGAGAAACUACAAAACCCAUGAUCCCUCAUUCCAUCCUUAUUUCAGUUAGGAGAGAAGAUUCCUAGUAAUAGUUAGCUACAUUUUGUAUAGUUAAAACUGCCUUCCCCGAACCAAGUGUUAUAGGAACUCACCUCAUCAGCCAUGUGGUGGAACAGGACAUCUACAUUAAUGGCGGGAGCUGUAAUCGUGUCCGCUGCUGUUCCGACAUGAGGGUUUUAUUCAUGCACACUGAUGUUUUCCUCAGGUCAGUAUUAAUUGGUGUGACCUAUACUGAAGAGACAGCAGAGCGUGAGGGUUUAACUGAUAGGUGACAACACUAUGUUUAUAUGUGUAUAUAUCUUACUGGACACUCUAAGAUUGUCUCUAGUUAGUGAACAAACCAUAUUUGAACUGUAUCACAUAGAGAUACAUUCGUGCUUGUGGGAGAAGCACUGAAACAAAGCCAUUUCUCACAUGUAAAGGUCAUUUUACUCUUGGCACAUCUCAGCUACUGUAUGUUAAUUUAUUAUGUCAAGCAGUCAUAGAGCUAUGGAUUCUUUUAUGCAAUAUUUGGUUUUUAUUUUGAUAAUUUGUUUAUUUCUUCAUAAAUAUUAUGCACAGGAAAAAAAAACUUUUUAUGUUCUGUAAUGAGAUGGCGUAAUUUGGUUAAUUCCAAACCAGACUAAUAAGGACCUGCUUGCUACAUUAUAAAGAGAAUUCUUCCUAACUAACAAUCAUGUAGAGACAACGUCAUGUUUGUUCUAAUGUUUCAGCUCUUAUGCAUAUGUAACUUUCAAUGCAGUUUCCCUGUUCAAAACCAUGGGAUUGUUGCACAUGUGGGUUUUCAAACAUUUACAAUAAAUAAUGGUGUGAAUAAA